CGGGAAAGUUGUCCCUCCAAAAAUUGAAGAAGGAUCAAUUGUUAGUUUUUGUGCUGUACUAUACAGGUUUGUUUGUGUUAGUAAAUUAAGUUACCUGAAUAUUUUUGUAUAAUGGAAACCACUAUUCGAGAUGAGGAGAUGAUUGCUCUUUCUUCGGAUUCUGGAAUUGAUGAAAAUUCAGUUGAUAAUUCGAUAAUCACCCCUGAAAUGAUUGAAGAGGAACAAAAACUUCAUGAAGACAAUGAGAAAGAAGCCCAGAAAUUACGGAGGUUGUAUGAGAAAGAAAAACAUGCCGAAGAAAUGAAACAAUUACGAUACAAGCGGCUGAUUCAUUUACUCGAGAAAAGUCAAUUUUAUGCAAACUUUAUGCAUGAAAAGGUUGCUACACUUUUGGCUGAAAGUAAUAACAGUAAGAAAAAAGGAAGAGGAAAAAAUACAGCCAAAAGAAAACAUGAUGAACUAGCUGAAAAUUAUUCUAAUGAAAUGAUUGAUGUUUGUAAAAAAUUUAAACGUAAUGAUGGGAGUGAAAAAAUUGAACCUUUAAGUAUAGUUUCAGAGAAUACAGAUACAAAUUUAGAAUCUAAAGCAGAAAAUAAAAACGAAGAAGUUGUCAUAGAAAAGAAAUGUGAUAUAAAUGAAACAAGAAUAACCUCUCUUGGAAUUGAAGUACCCGCUGAUCAGCCUGUCCUUUUGGAAGGUGCUGCUUUAAGAGAUUAUCAAAAGGCGGGCCUUGAAUGGUUACGGCUCUUGUUUGAAACUGGCUUGAAUGGUAUACUGGCUGAUGAAAUGGGCCUUGGUAAAACAGUUCAGAUUAUUGCUCUCAUCUGCCAUCUUUAUGAAAAAAAUGUUCAGGGACCAUUCUUAAUUGUUGGUCCUCUUUCAACUUUGCCAAAUUGGUCCUUAGAAUUUUCCAAUUUUGCCCCUCAGAUUCCUGUGAUUCUCUAUCAUGGGACAGAAAGUGAUAGAAUAGCUUUACGAAGGGAUAUAAAGAAAAAAUCUUACAUAAAUGGCAAAAAAGCCUAUCCUGUUGUUUUGACUUCAUACGAAAUUCCUACUAGAGAUCAUUACCAUAUGAAAGAAAUUCGUUGGCGGUAUAUAAUUGUUGAUGAAGGACAUCGGCUUAAAAAUUAUAAGUCACAACUUGCCAGAACUUUAAGUGAAUUUAGUACUGUCAAUCGUCUACUUCUCACUGGAACUCCUUUGCAAAACAAUUUGAUGGAAUUAUGGUCUCUUCUUCAUUUUUUGUUACCUGAAGUUUUUGAUUCCCUGGAUGCCUUUCAAAGUUGGUUCCAGGUUGAAGACAUAGAAAAAGGUGAUACUGCUGAAAAGCUGAUAGAACAGGAGAAAAAAGAUCAUAUAUUAGCUGUUCUUCAUAAGAUACUCAAUCCAUUUUUGCUUCGCCGGGUAAAGUCUGAAGUUAAUCUCUCUCUUCCGCCUAAAAAAGAAGUUGUAGUUUAUUGUCCAUUAACCACAGUUCAAAGGAAACUUUAUGAAGCCCUCCUGGACCGAAGUAUUCUGAAAAUGAUGGAAUUAAAUAAUGACAAUAAUGUGGUGAUACCAGAUAACCCAGAUGGCACUAAAGUUAAGCGGAGAUCUGCUCUGAGAAAAAAUAAUCAUUUCUAUAAGGCCCAGUCAGAAGUUCAAGAAAAAGACAGUGAUAUGUUGGUCGUUGAUGCUGGACCAGACCAAUUUAGAUUCAAUGUGAAGAUACAGAAUAUCCCCAUGAUGUUAAGGAAAGUAGUCAAUCAUCCUUACCUUAUUCAGAUGCCGGUUCUACCUGGAUCAACUAUUCUAAGGGUUGAUGAAGGUCUCAUUGAUACCAGUGGAAAACUUAUAAUGUUAGAUGGACUUUUGAAAAGGUUGAAGAAAAAUGAUCAUAAGGUGUUGAUUUUCUCUACUAUGACAACAAUACUAGAUUUUUUGGAAGAAUACAUGAUAAUGAGAGAUUACAAGUAUGAACGGCUAGAUGGAAGUAGUAAACUAGAAGAUAGAAAAGAUGCAAUAUGCAGGUUUAAUCAAGAUAAAGAUUGUUUUGUAUUCCUCAUUUCUACAAGAGCUGGUGGCCUAGGAAUUAAUCUGACUUCUGCCGACACUGUUGUAAUUUAUGAUAGUGAUUGGAAUCCACAAGCCGAUUUACAAGCACAAGACAGGUGUCACAGGAUUGGCCAGAUUCGUCCAGUUAUUGUGUAUCGUUUGGUUUCCAAAGGGACAAUUGAUGAAAAAAUUGUUUCUAGAGCUGCUGCCAAGCGGAAAUUAGAAAAAAUAAUCAUACAUGGUGGAAAUUUCUCACAUUCUAAGCAGGCUGAAUGUAAGAAUGUUAUGGAUUAUGAAGAACUAAAAGAACUCUUAAACAAUAAACAACAGAGUAUGGAGAUACAUUCAGAUGGAUCAGUGCUGACUGAAGAACAGUGGGAGUCUCUUUUGGACCGUACUUCUACCAUGAAUCGACAAUAACCAUUUUGAUUGGAUUAAGCAUUGUACCUGGUCGGAAUUAAUGUUCAAACCUAACUUAUGUUCGAUAUUUCCUGUGAAAAAGCAUGCUGAUUGAUAUUUUACUCAUUUAUAUUAUUAGGUAAUGUAUAUUUAAAAAAAAAAAAUUGUAUAAAACAAAUAAAUCGACAUUGUAAAUAUUUUUUUAUUAAUUGAAAUAUCAACGACCGUAUUGUAUAUAUUUUUUAUUGUUUUGUUUAUAUUGUUGGAAAUAAAAUCAAUUCUGCACUUCAUGUUCCACUGUAUUAAAGCUGCAGGUUUUUUAAUGUAUUUUUUGUUAUAAAGCUUGUAAAACAAGAAACUUUUUGUAUUUCAAUCUUAACUAUUGAGAAAUAAAUGACUAAAAAUUG